CAGCUCGGAGGCGGUGAAUAAUAGCUCAAGUCUGCAAUAAAAAAUGGCCUCCAAUAAAACUACCCUGCAAAAAAUGGGAAAGAAACAGAAUGGAAAGAGUAAAAAAGUAGAAGAGGCAGAGCCUGAAGAAUUUGUGGUGGAGAAAGUACCAAACCGACAUGUAGUGAAUGGGAAGGUGGAGUAUUUCUUAAAGUGGAAGGGAUUUACAGAUGCUGACAAUACUUGGGAACCUAAAGAAAAUUUAGAUUAUCCAGAGUUAAUUGAAGCAUUUGUUAAUUCUCAAAAAGCUGGUAAAGAAAAAGAUGGUGCCAAAAGAAAAUUUUUAUCUGACAGUGAAUCUGAUGAUAGCAAAUCCAAGAAAAGAGAUGCUGCUGAUAAACCAAGAGCCUUUGCCAGAGGUCUUGAUCCUGAACAAAUAAUUGAUGCCACAGACAGCAGUGGAGAAUUAAUGUUUCUCAUGAAAUGGAAAGAUUCAGAUGAGGCCGACUUGGUGCUGGCAAAAGAGACAAAUAUGAAGUGUCCUCAGAUUGUAAUUGCUUUUUAUUAAGAGAGACUAACUUGGCAUUCUUGUCCAGAAGAUGA